AUGUCCGGUACAAACAACGACUACUUCAACAAACAGAGGGAUAUACUAAUCCAGGAAAUCUCAAACAACUUGUCGGAAGUAUAUACCAAUUUGGAAACUUUAAAUCGAUCAUUGAGUGAAAGUAUACAGAUCGGUAAGGAGUUUGAUGAUGUGGGGAGAUUAUGGCGUACUUUUUAUGAUGGUAUGAACAGUAUAAAAGAGGAAACAAGUGCAGCAGGUAUUUCUGAGCACGAUGGGAAAACAGGGCAACCUGAAGCUGACUCUAGGCGAACAGGCACAAGUCCUGAGAAGUGA